AUGACGACUGCAUCAAAAGUUAAAUGUCCCAAAUGUGUAAAAAAUGCUGCUGCAAUCACGUGUGAAGGCUGUUCAUCAAAACUGUGUAGAGGGUGUUACAAUGAUCACCGCCAACAAUUGUCAAAAGAACUCGAUCAGUUUGUUUAUGAGCACGAUAUGCUCAAACAACAGUUGGAAACUCCAAAUGAAAAUGAACCUCACCAUUUGUUGAAACAGAUUGAUGAAUGGAAAAAAGACUCGAUCAAUAAAAUUAAUCAACUUGCUGAUCAGUGCCAGGCUGACGUUAAUCAACUGCUGGAUAAAAAUAAGGAUCAACUGAUUAACAAGUUUCGCAAAAUAACAAAUGAGGCUCGUAAAGGUCAAAAAGAUGACGAUUACGACGAAAGAGAUCUCAAGAUGUGGAUGACUCAGCUAAAAGAACUAAAAGAUGAACUAAUCAAACAAUCGAACAUCUGUAUCGCAGUGGACAAACAACAAUCUGCAUGGAUUAAAAGAAUCAAAGUACAAGAAGCUUCUCCCCAGCAAGGAAAUGCGGAAGAUAGUAAGUAG